AUGGACAAUCCAUCUCUCGUUACGCCUUGGGACAUGGCUGCUCCCAGUGCACCCCGGCGUGAGCCUUAUUUUCCAGAGUUGCACAGCACCACGGCUGAAAAUGAAAAUGCGCCCCUUGAUCGCUCUCGUGGACGACUUCAACGAAUUCAAGACCGUUGA